AUGGCGGAUGAAGAGCAUAUUCGGUACUGCAUGCUUUAUGAGUUCCAAUUGGGAAGAAAAGCAAGUGAGGCUGCAAAAAACAUCUGUAAUGCUCUUGGUCAAGAUGCAGUUAGCGCCAGAAAAUGUCAGCGUUGGUUUGAGAAAUUUCGCGAGGGAAAUUUUUCGUUAGAUGACAAAAGUGGUCGAGGCCGUGUGUCCAAUUUUGAUCAAGAAGCUCUUCAAGCUCUUUUGGCGCAAAAUCCUCAAAUUACCCAACAAGAGCUUGCGACAACUUUAAAUUGUUCACAAAAAACAAUUUCCAAUCAAUUGCGUGCACUUGGCAAAUUCCAAAAGUUUGGAAAAUGGGUUCCUCAUGAGUUGACCGACAACAACCGUAAUCAGAGUCACAAUUUGCAGUUCGCUCCUCUUUCGUCAAAACCGUUUGCCGUUUUUAGAGCAAAUUGUUCCCGGAGAUGA